AGCAAACUAAUAAUGGCAACUGGUGUUGUAAUAAGAUUAAAACACUUGCCACUGGCUGCUGGUACGUUUGAUAUUCGUCAGUUUUUCUCCGGACUUCGAAUCCCGGAUGGCGGAGUCCACAUUAUUGGAGGAACUGAUGGAACAGCUUUUAUCCUUUUCUCAACUGACGAGGAUGCAAGACAAGCAAUGAUGAGGGACGGACAACACGUCAGAGCAACAGCUAUUAAAUUAAUGCUUAGCAGCCACACUGAGAUGAAAACAGUGAUCGAACACAGCCAGAGAAUAUCUGCAAUCAGGUUUAUGUUGGAUGAGAAAGGAAGAAAUAACGGAACUUGUCUUAUUAAGUUCAAAACAGUUGUUGACAAAGAAGAUGCCUUACAGAAAGACAGGAAAUAUCUUGGUGGAAGAUUUAUAAGAAUUACAACCUCUUCUGAGCGACAAUGGUUAUUGGUUAGCACACAAUCAUGUGAAACGAUUCGCCCUGGUGAAAGUCGUAAAAGAAGCAAAACCAUAACUUCCAGUGAAAACACACCCAAGCGUUCAAGAGCUUUGUCUCCGCUUAAAAAUGAAAACUGUGUUGAAGUGCGUGGCUUGCCACAGAAUGCUGAUUAUCAUAUCAUGUCGGGGUUUUUCUCAGGGUUAAAUAUCGUGGAUGGCGGGCUAUUUAUUGAGAAUGAUGGAAAGAUUUGCAAAGGCCGAGCAUUUGUGGAGUUUGCUGCAUAUGCUGACUAUAAGAAUGCAUUGGUAAGAGAUGGGGAUAUGAUCGAUGGAAAGCAGGUUCGUGUGAUCGGGCUCAGCAGACAAAACAUGAUCGAUCAGAUUCGCAAGUUUAAAAAGUACAUGAGCGCAAAACGUGAGGAGGAAUAUAAAAGAGAACGGGAACGGGAGAAAAAGCUGGAGCAGAAACGCGUUAAAGAAGAGGAGGAUAGGAAGAAAAAGAUGGAGCGGCAUGCUCGGAAGCAAAAGGAGAUGGAUGAGUGGUUGAGACGUCAACAUCAGAAAGAGGAAGAACAACGGAAGCGUCGAGAUCUUGAGAAAAAGAUGUUCCAAUUUGCAAACACAGAGUUUCCUCCAAAAGUAGAACAUUCGUCUCCAUCUCCUGCUUCUUAUACUGAAGAACACAAAGCUAAAGAAGAUUAUGUUCCAGAAGAAUACAAUCCUGAAGAAUAUGUGCCUGAAGAAUAUAUUCCUGAAGAGUAUGUUCCACAACCAUCCUCAACCAAGGAUUAUGUUUAUCCUCCUGUGGGAAAAGAUGAGAAACUUGAAUAUGCUCCAGAGGAGAAUGCCGCAGGGGUUGGUGAGAUGGAUAUUGAAGAAGAUAAUUCUCCUCCUGCCAACGUUUCCACAUCACAGUCCUCUAUAUCUUCGGUACCACCUUCAAUACCAACACCAACACCAACCAGGUUUGGUGGUUCUGGUAGCGUGAUAGAAUCUCCAGCUUUAGGUCCAGUUAAAUUUGAUCCAGCAGUUCCACCACCUCCAUUACCUUUUCCUUCUCAGAUACCAUCAUCUUUCCAACCAAUAUCCGCCCAGCCACCAAUUGCCAGCAAUAAAGUUCCAGUCCACCCAUUGUUACCUCCUCUUAUGCCACCCAACCACACCCUCCAAGCUGCUGGCUUUCCUCCCCCAUUCCCAGCAGGUUUACCAGUUAUCCCUGUUUCUAUCACAAAACCCAACCAAACCGUUGAAAUGAUUCCUGCCAAUAUAAAAACCAAUGCCCCACCCCCCAGCCUCCCGCCACCUCCAGCUUCAUCUACCACACCUCUUUCUGCUCCACCCAGCCAAUCCCCAGAAAAUGUAAUACAGCAGAAUGCAAGUCCAAUGUCUGCCAAACUUUCACCUGUUAAAAAACAAUCUAAUGAACCACAAAAAUCAGUUUCCGAUAUAAAACAAUCCUGUUUGGUAAGAAUUGCCAACUCUCCGUUUAACUGUACAGAAGAAGCUGUCAGGAAAUUCUUUUCUGACUUUUCUAUUCCACAUGAUGGUAUACAGUUUGUGUACAAAGGUGGCAGGCGCUCUGGUCACAUCUUUGUAAAGUUUUCUAAUGCAGACGAUGCAGUAAAAGCUGCUUUAAGGGAUAACCAGCGGAUGAUGGGUCGUAAUGUAUUAGUUGGGCAGAGUAGUGUUGCUCAAAUGAAAGAAAUUCAUCAUAGAAUAUCUGGAGAGCAUUGGUUUCCUCAGUUUUCUGUAACUCCAGACAUAAAAGAACAAGGUCUUCUAUCUAAAAAGAUUAAAGAAAACAAUCUCACUUGUGUCUGUAUUGGCAACCUGCAUUCACGAACCAUUACAUCUGAUGUGAAGAACUGUUUGUUGAACCAUGAACUUUCUGAGGAUGGAGUGACAGUUUUAAUGGAUAAGUCAGGACUUUGUAUUGGCGAGGCCUGUGUUGAGUUAAGGUCCACUGAAGACUGUAUAAGAGCUACAGAUCUCGACUCGAAUGUUAAAAUUCUAAACAACUCUAUUCAAGUUUGGCCUUUGUCAAAACAGGAAAUGUUAGAUAAAAUAAAAAAUCACAAUCAGAAAGUAAAAGACACAAUAUCUGGUAACCAUUUAAAUGGUGCGGGUCGUGCAGAUACUUCAAAGAAAAUGAAUGCCCCAAUGCCAAUGGAUAUACAACGAGAAAUAAACAAAGUAACAGAUUACCCAUUACACCCUCCCCAUGGUCCCCAACAACCGCCCCCUAUUGAUCCCCACAGACCCCCUGGUGGCUUACCCCCAUUCGACAGACACCCUUAUGAUAGACCCCCACUAGGUUUACCCCAUUUUGACCGCCCCCCUCCAGAUUUGUUUGAUAGACACAGGCAAUUUGGACCUGGGUUGCCCCUACCACCUUUGUCACCUUUGGAUCGCCGACCACACUACCCACCCAACGAUAGGUUAUUCCUCCCAGAGUUAUUACGAAGGGACUUGCCACCCCACCCUGUCCCCGAACCCUUUAUGUUUCCCCCUCACCACAACGGCCCUCCACUCCCUGGUAGGGGUAUUCCUGUUAACCCAAAUCAAAUAGUAACUGUAAAAAUGAGUAACCUUUCAUAUGAUAUCACAAGAGAGGAUUUGCUUGAAUUUUUCUCGGGAUUUGAUCCCCUGCCAGACUCUGUACAGUUAAUGUACAGUCAAGGGGGCAAACCCACAGGCGAUGGAGUGAUAUCGUUUCCACAUAUUGAGCCUGCUCGAGCUGCUAUUGCUCAAAGACAUAAUAAAUUUUUGCUUCAUCGUAAUGUAAAACUGAAGCUACAAUAAACUUCAAUAUAGCUAGUGCCAUGGUUUAGCAUUUGGAUUUUUUUAAAUUGUUUUUUGUGCUAAUUUCUCUGCCGUGUCAAGAUUUUUUCCCACUGCCAAAUGUUAAGGCAACAGUGUUUUACUUUUAACUGUUAGUCUUAUAAAUUAAUAAUAUCUAAAUCUAUCUGUGUAAAUAUCGUUAUUACAGCAAUGUCUGCAAACUAUGAAGACAAAGCAAGUAUGCAAGAUGGUCUGUGUAUGUUAAUUCCAUCACAUUUGAAAUUAUGUAAUUAUCUAAUGUUUGCUUCAAUUUUGUCUAGAUGCAAAUCAAGUUAAAUGUACAUAAACUAAAUUUGUUUUCAAUGUAAAUUUUGUGUAUUAUGAUAAAAUGUUAAUCACAAA